GAAUGCUGCUGCGCAGCUAAAUGGCGAAAAAGAGAGGCACCGGACGGGGACUACCUACUUUCAGUUAGUCAGUCGUUUGGCCAAGUUAGUCUUUCACGUUGUCUCGUCGCGUACGGUUUGGUUGGCCUAGGUUUUGGCGGUGACUAUCUAGGUUUUCACUUUUUUCGGUUGCUCAAUUUUUGGAUAGUUGUUUCAACAAGUUCGGGCUCUUGAAGGACUUGAUGUGAGUGUGUGCUGCCUGGAGUUAAUCGAUAUCCGGAACAGAGUUGAGAGGGUUUUAGUGCUUUCUAGAAACUAGGGUGAAAGAUGAUUUCCAAACUGCUAGUCCUGACCUGCCUGGUGGCUGCCGCAGUCUGCGAGUCAAAGCUGAAGGUCGACGUGGUCAACGUGCCGGAAGGAUGCACCACCAAGAGCAAAAACGGCGACAUGCUCACGAUGCACUACACCGGCAAGCUCACCGAUGGCACCAAAUUCGAUUCCAGCUUUGACCGCGAUCAGCCAUUCACCUUCCAGCUGGGAGCCGGACAGGUCAUCAAGGGAUGGGACCAAGGAUUGACCGAUAUGUGUGUCGGUGAAAAGCGUAAGCUGACCAUCCCGCCAGAGUUGGGCUACGGAGAUCGCGGAGCCGGAAAUGUCAUCCCCGGGGGUGCCACUCUGGUGUUCGACGUCGAGCUGAUCAACAUCGGGGACACCGCACCGACCACCAACGUGUUCAAGGAGAUCGAUGAGAACAAGGACAUGCAGCUGAGCCGGGAGGAGGUCAGCGAAUACCUGAAGAAGCAGAUGGUGGCCGCCGACGGUGGUCAGGAAUCGGAAGACAUCAAAAACAUGAUCGCCGAGCACGACAAGCUGGUGGAGGAAAUUUUCCAGCACGAGGACAAGGACAAGAACGGCUACAUCUCGCAUGACGAGUUCUCCGGCCCGAAACACGACGAGCUGUAAAACUUGUCCUCUGUGUCCCGGUCGGGUUCACCUUCAGUUUUAGUACAUAGUUCAAGUCUCUCCAACCAACAAAGUUAAACAAACAAACAACAACCACAAUGUUCUUCCUUUGCGGCUGAUUCCAUGAAUCGAUAAGCGGUUUCCGUUGGAAUCAGUUUUCUUUUAUGUUUUGAACAAUUUUAAGUACUCGUUAAUCGUUAAGACAGCCGUCACAAUUUUUGCAAAAUGGUGCUGUUGUAAAGUUUUAUUUCCUAAAUCCUGUUGACUAUCGUUGAAAUUACUUUUUUUAUGUGACAUGAAGGUACACUCUAUUUAUUUUAAUGAUAGUUAUUUUUGUCCGGAUAAGUACUUGAUUGUGCGCAAGUAGGAAAAUGCAGUUUAUUGUAAGCGAAUUAAACAAAUCGUAGAACGAAAGCAAAAUUUUUGAACGCAUAGUCAAAUCGUGGUUUCCUUUUAUGUACAUACGUUGAACAUACGGAAUAGGACAGUAACUUGUGUCAUUUUUCGGUUUUUACAUUCCAUUGAAGGUAGGAUGAUCAAAUUUUAUUAAAAUUAGUCAUUAAAGAAAUCCGUAUGGCAAGCCAGUGUGACCAUGAUUGAAAUCAUGACGAAGCGCGUAACAAAUGGGUUCGAUUCCUGAUUGGACCACAGCACAAACAUACACAUGAAGCACACGUAAGAAAGAUACAUAUCACUUUAAAAAAA